UGUUCCACGUGUAUACACUUAUUGAGCAUGGGGUAUAUUGAACCUGAGGUGGAGUCAGCAGUACGUGCGCCUUUGUUGACACUGAAAUUCAUGAACGGCUAUAUCGAUUGAUCUCUACAGCUGUUCACUGACCGCUUUUCUCAUCAGCUUUGCUUCAAAAUAACGCCGGACUAUGAGAUCUCCAAACUUCAGAAUGUUCCUCCUUACAAGGAAACUCAACAAGAAUGUGGUUUUCAUCAUCGGAGGUAUUGGAGUUGUGUACGUUGUUUUGAAGUUUUUCGACAAUUUCUUGAAAGCUAACGAGGAAGUGCAGUUAUCUCUUGACAACAUGCGGACAAAACGAAUACUUUACUACAACCCACCGUCCUGGUUCAGCGAUUUCGAUUUCGGCCAUUGUAGAUAUUCGAGCUGUGUUAUAUCCACGAACAUGAGUUAUCUCCCGGAAAGUGAUGCUGUUAUAUUUAAUCAUAACCAACUUUCAUCGGUCCCACCAAUUAAGACCCCGAACCAGAAAUGGAUAUUCACGUGUUCGGAGAGUCCCUAUUACGGAAAGAAAACAAGUUCUGAACCUCAAUGGCGCCACAAGUUUGACUGGGUCAUGUCGUUCAGGCGUGACUCGGAAUUCUUCUUUGGAUAUGGAGAUAUCGUUCCGAAAACUCGUUUCAUAGAGAAAAAUUAUGAGAAAAUCUUUGAACAGAAAAAGAAACUCGUAGCUUGGAUAGCGAGUCAUUGUGACACGCAGAGUAAGCGAGAGCAAUACGUCCAUGAGAUGUCGAAGAUAGAGAAAGUGGAUGUGUUUGGAAGUUGUGGAAAUCUGAAGUGUGAAAAAUACACAGGGUCCGAAAAUGACUCCUGUCAUGAUUUUGUCGGAAAAAAUUACAAAUUCUAUUUAGCGUUUGAAAACUCGCUUUGCAGAGACUACACCAGUGAAAAGUUUUAUAACGUGUACGCCUUCGAUCAUCCUAUAAUCCCCGUAGUUUUGGGAUCCUUUACUUUGGAAAACUACUCACAUGGUGCCGUUUAUAUAGACGUCAACAAGUAUCGCACACCUCUUCACCUUACUAGACGUUUGCUUUCAUUGGGAAACGAUAAAGAGGCUUAUAUAGAUCUUCUGCGAAAGAAGGAUAGAUUUAGUGCACUGACAUCGCCGCAGACGUUUCAGACUGCCAUGUGCAAGAUGUGCGAGUAUUUGAGUCUCGACAAACCAGGACGAUCAGAUCUGGAUAUAGCAGACUGGUUCUAUGGUCAGGAUCAUUGUCGUUCUCCUAAACAAAUACAUAAACCGGUUACCAGAAACAGCAUCAACAUGAAAGAAGCUCAGAAGUACUUGAACAAAGUGUGACAACUGUAUGUACAUGUCGCAACUGUGAUGAUUGUGUUGUACCGAAACAGCAUACUCAGUCUUAUUUGGAUAUUGGUUAAGUUUAAAAAAAUAAUUUAAACAUACAUGUAUAGUUGAUAAAAUAAAGCGAUGGAAACCUAACUAAAUCUGUUAACCAUGUAACCUAACUUUACUUGCAUAAUGGAGCGUUUCUGAUACAUUGACUAAGCAUUGAUCAACUUAUGAUGAAUAGUUUUUUUAUUUAUUGCAAAGAUAUAUUCAUCUUGAAUUUCCUUCUGUCAAACUUUUGUUCAAUUUUUAAAUUAAAUUUCAAAUCAUCUGCUUUGACGUGUUAAUCAUUGCAGAGUGAUUUCCUCAAGUC